CGGUGCCCUCUCACCCAACCCUUUGCGCCGCACCGAUCGCAGGCGCGCCUUUGUCCCUCACCCCCUCCCCCAAGCCCGACGUAUACAUCCAGCGAACUGCAGACGGGCAGACGUGCAGAAAAGUAAGCAUGGCGCCCUCCUCCCAGGACGCCCAGUCGCAGCCGAGACGGCCACCGGCCGUCAGGCAGUCGUCCUCGUCUUCCUUCAUGACCUCGCAGUCGCCCUCCGACGGCAUCUCGUCGUCCCAAAAGGCCGCUCCUCACAAACACCAGAGACACGUCGUCGGCCAGAGUCGCAUGGGCCCGCGCAACACCUCAUUCGGCAAGAAUCUCAACAAGCUGAACAAGCUCGCCCAGGCUCAGGGAGGCGAUGCGGCUGCAGGUGCCAAACACCAUCGCCGCUCGCACUCGGGAACUUCAACCUCCACACCCAGCAGCCCUGCGCGUCCGGCCUUCAAGCGCAAUGCGUCCACAGUCGGCAUAGUGAGGCACAAUACGCACACCCAUACCCACGCCGCGCUCAAGAAGAACCUCUCAAGCGGCCACCUCUCGCGGCAGGGCUCGUCUAAGAACAUGCUGAAGUCCACCAAAAACGAGAUCGCACCAUCAAAGCGCUCCCUUACCCAUCCCGGGAAGACACGCCACUCGCCAGAAGAUCACCCCACGGUGCACUUCGAUGUAGGGAACGAAGAGGCGCAGGACGACGCAUGGACGGAGGAAAGCGCAUCGCAAUCGCCAACCACGACCCGUUCCAAUACUCGGCAGAACUCCGUCAUACUAGAUUCCAGCAAGGCUCCAUCGGCAGAAGAGUCGGAGACGGAAGCGUCUGAGCCUGCCAGGCCUGUAUCAAAGAUUCCAGAUUACCAGACGCCUCCCUCGCCAAUGACUCGAUAUCAGCCUGACCAGAUCCUACUCAAGCAGCCCAACGGCAGCAGCUCACACCACUCAAGGCCUCCAGACGCAGACAUGAUCACUUCACGACUUCUCCAGCGCAGCGCAUCGCAUCACAUCCCUCCACAAAUGUCGUCGAUAUCAGCAACAGUGGUGCCGGACUCGCAUGAGCGGUCGGUGGGUCAUAGUCAAGGCUCGACACUGGCAGAUACACCUGGAAGAGAUCUGGUAUCAAGGUUCAUGGACGGCGAUAGCUCCGGUGGCACACCGAACAGUAACUUCCUACCUCCGCGCAAUUCACCCAAAGCGCAACCAGCAGACCUCGGCGCCCAACAACGCAACAAGUCUACCCCAAAUAUGGCAGCCACCGCAACACAUUCAAGAGCGCAGUCGCGUCGCUCGGGCACAAGCACUCCCACAGACCUGCCGCCAUCAAGAACCCAACAGAAGCUGUUGCUUCAACGCGCGUCGUCAAACAUCGAGCCGCAGAAGCUUGUCCCCGUAAUCCUUCCCCGGACCGGCGGCCCAACCCUGCUGAAUUCUGGAAUGCCAUAUGCGGCCAGCAGCGAAGGGCGUCUGGAUCCCCGCUUAAAGCACCAAUUCGAGCACAUAUCACAGGAAUACAACGUCAUUCGCAGGUACCGCAAUCCUCUCGUGGAUGCAAUCAAUCGACUGGAUCAGAUGCCAAGCCGGCCGCGUAAAACGGCAACAAUGCCAUCCUCCAUCGCCAAUGGGUUCGUCGCGAUUGGCAGCACGUUGGAUGGGAUUGGGGAGAGUCCAAGCACAAGCUUUCGCGAUUCCGGCAGUGCGGGAGACGGUGCAGAUCGGCGCAGAUCACGUGUCAGUUUCGAUGGGGCACGUGACGAUGUGGAGGGCCGGCAGAGUUUCGACAGCGACAACGGACGAGUGCGCAAUGAAGUUGAUGAGAUAUGUCGGAGGCUGUGGGAGAGCACCGAGAUCGUCGACAGUGAAUGAGGCGUCGACUCAGUUACCGACUCAGUCACCGACUAUGGAUGGAUGCGAAACACAUGUAGUCCCUCGGGGCUUUCAACCCACUGCACAUACGGCAGUACUCUAAUAAAUUAGGUGCGUGAGAAUUGGGCGAAUGUGGCGAGUGUUUUUGGAUAUUCCAAAAUCAUGGGCGAUUUUAUGGCCGUCGGUUUAUCAGUAUUCGGCGUAAAGACUGCAGA